AUGGGCGUUACAAAGAAGAUCAUCAAGCACGGCAACGGUGUUGAUAAACCUGCCAAAGGCGAUAACAUCGUCAUGAAAUAUCGGGGGUGCCUCUACGACCCUAACAAGGCCUCCGAGAACUACAUGGGCACGCAAUUCGAUUCGACGGAACAUCGUGGCGAAUUCAAAAUCAAAAUCGGAAUUGGUGCAGUUAUCCGCGGCUGGGACGAGGCCGUCCCCGAGAUGACCCUUGGCGAAAAGAGUAUAUUGACCAUCACUGAGUAA